UCGUAUUUGAGUCAUAGUUUUCCUCUUCUUUUGGUAAGAUAUGACUGAAAUAUUUCAAAUUUUUGAAAAAAGGCUAAAUGGAAUAGCCCGCUAUAACCCGGCUAUAGCCUUUUAUAGCCUCUAAAAAAUUCGCGGCUAAAUGAAAUAGCCCGCUAUUUUAAACUAUGUGCUGAGGCUUCCCUUGCUCCGGCACCUGCUGAUGAGGAGGACUGGAGAAAAGAAGAACGGGAGAAAGGUCUCGCAGUCAGGCUAUAUCUGUCUCAGCUGGAUCCUGAGGAAUGCUUCCGAUCCGUGCAGUCAACACUAGCGAAGAUGUAUGCUCUAAAGGAUACCAAGUCCGCUGAGCAACCAGUGAAGAAAAGCUGGAUGGCUACUGUUAUAGAAGAAUUGAGACCAACAACUACUGAUCCGGAUAUCCUGAAAGCACGCUAUCGCAUUGAAAGACUUCAGGAGGAGAGAGAAACAAUCGGAAUGAAAUGGAUGCGAAAAGAGGCUCUUCAAGCAUUCAAAUCCUAUAUAUCAUCAGCUGGUUAUAAUAAAAAUUUUGAGUAUGAUUUUGUGAGGCUUGACUUCCAGUGUCUCAUAUAUUGCACAUUCUCAAAAUCAUACCAUCACUACAAUUUUACUAUGAGGACAAGACUGUCUCGGUCAAAGCCUUGGACCUUCCAGCAAUUCUUCGCAGAAGUCAAACCCAGAGAAAAUGAAACAAAGUACUUUUGCUGCCCACUGCAGUCUGGUGAAGAUGGUCAGUGCUAUGGAUGCCAGAAGGCUGGCAUUGCUCUGAGACAUCCCAACAGUGGCGGCUAUGAUAAGGGUCAACCAGGCUCUGGAUUUCCAUUUGACACUGAUAGUGAGAGUGCUGAUUGA